AUGGCAGCCUUGUUCGGGUCCAAUUAUUCCCGACAGGUCGAGGCUACUGGCUCUUCUCAAUAUUUCGGUUAUGAACAGCAACAACAACGUCCAGUAUCUUCUCAAAGAUCUCCUCAACAAUCACAAUCGCAAACGCAGCCUCAUCAGUAUCAUUAUGCUUCCUCUCACCCACAGCUGCAACCACAACAACCACAACAACAAAUACAGAGUUCUAUGAUCAUGGUUAACAAUAAUUACCCAAAGGUUCCUCCUACUAAUAACGGGAUGAUGAUGAAUCAGCCACCACCGAAUCAACUCGUCCAUGAUCAGGUAAGCCUUGAAACAUCGAAAUCACAACCUCAACCACUGGCCCAGGGCAUGAUGAUGAACGAGCCUUCUGCUCCUCCUUCUUCUCUUUCCACGACUUGUCCAUUGUUAUUGAACAAUGAUGGCACAAGUGAAAUAGCUCAACAAUAUCCCAUCAGCGCAACAACAACACCUGUUCAUUCAACUUCAGAGGAGAAGGAAUAUUCUAAAAAAGAACAGAAUUGUCAAGGGAAAAAUUAUCAACUGCCACCAUCUCACUCCAUUUCGAAUAGUGGAUUCCAAAAUCAAUUAAUUGAUCAACAACCGUCACUAUCCACUAUUCCUCCUUCUCACCAGAACCACGCAUUAAUGAAUAAUUAUCCUCUUCCUUCUCAACCAUCUCAUCAUCAACCACGCUUUUCACAACAACCUCAAACGCACUCUCAACCACCAUUCACUUUCACUCCUCAAUCCUCCACAACAUCUUCUCAAAAUCCAUUCAUUCCACAACCUCAUGCAAGACCUGCCUUUGGUUAUGGAAACACUUCUUCACCCUUUGGAAUUAAAUAUUCCUACCAACAACAAGAAAGAAAUGGCAUUCGAGUCAAUUCCAGAGUUCCCACUGUGGGUAAAAUGUGGCCUCAUUGUCACGAAUAUUCUACGAAUAAUCUUUGUUUUCAAUUGCAAGAAUCCAAUUCAAAUAUCUUUGGAAUGAGUAUCAUUGUGGUAGUGGAAGGAAAGAUGAAUGACAAACCUCCUCCAAAUCAUACCAAUUACCUUGUAUUUAAUAAUCAACAAUUAAGGCUAGAGAAGAGAUCUUACCCUAAUGAUUGCUCGCCUUCUUCACCUCUCUCACGAUAUCUUUUAUUUGAACAUUGUAUUGUACCAUAUGAUUUGAUUCAAUCCUUUGAAGUUGAUAUUGGUGGUACACGAAUUAAUGGACAAGCAAGCUCCACAGUCGUGUGUGUCAUGACCAAUGGCACUCGUAUCCAACUAAACAAAGAAGAAUUUGAAACAGUGAACAUGUCGACUGAGAAGGCACACGUGCUCUUUCAGGCUCUAAAGUAUUGCUAUGAGAUGAUCGUUUUGAAUCAACAACAGCAGCAAGAACAAUCCCAACAACAAGUACAGAAUUUGCCGACCCAUUCAAACUCAAUGGAAACUCCUUCAAGUCAUCAUGAGCGUUAG